AUUCAUUUUAUAGAAAAGACUAUGAAAAUCUUUAUUAUUACAUGGUGCGUUUUGUUCACACUGAGACUGACGGAAAGCCAUAAAUGCAGUUCGAGGUAUUUUUCGUUGCUCCGAGGUCGCAGACUUAAAAGUUCAUAUGUGGAACGUAUCAAGGUGGAGAGUCCGAUUAUGUGUGCAAUGAAAUGCAUGAAAACUGAAUGGUGUCAGGCGACCAACUUCAUAUCAGACACUGGCAAAUUCAUUUGCGAGCUUUUCAAUGCAACUAAAGUUGGUUCGGGGCAAAUCAUAAAUGACGAAUCAGCAGUAUAUUACUUCUCACUGGCAGUCGAAGAAGGGGCCAGUAAAACUCACGAAGUUGUUACAGUAACACCAACACCAACUGCGCAUGUACUCACCUUGAUACCGUCGUCCAUUGUGUUAAUUCAAGCUUCGUCCACCGUACCUUAUCCAAUGACGUCUUCCGCUACAGCACAUACUACGCCAGCGGUUGCCUGCAAGAAGAUUUUCCAGGACAAUCCAGGAUCUUCGGAUGGCCAGCAUACAGUAUUUCCAGGAACAAAUAAAGAAGCUCAGGUUUUUUGCGAUAUGACAGGGGCACUCACGGGUUGUGGGGGCGGAGGGUGGACUUUGGUGAUGAGAAUUGAUGGUCAGAAGCAAACCUUUGCAUACGAUGCGAGUUACUGGACUAACAAACAAGAAUAUCAAUCAGAUAAAGGCAACGUGUUAGACGACAACUCAGAGACCAAACUAUCAACCUAUCAUACCACCCCUUUCACUCAAAUAUGCCUUGGUAUGAAGUACAAUAACCAAAAAGGAUGGACGACGCUCAGCUUGACAAGCUCAUCACUCUUCGAUCUUGUAUCAAGUAAUACAUAUCACCAGACAACCAUGGCUGUUACCCAAUGGAAGAAGCUGAUACCCUCUGGUGCUGCCCUGCAGCCAAACUGUCGGAUGCAGGGGAUAAACACGCAGCGUGGGGGUACCGGUGUUCGUAUAGGGAUCAUUGCAACGAAAACGUGUGGGGUAGAUGGGGAUUACAAUUCUAGGCUCGGUUUUGGCGGGAAAGGCACAAGCUGUGGACAAGAUGGGAAUAACAGGUGUGGUUACGAUGCUCGUUGCGUGAAUGGGGGCACGAGUAAAAAGACGACAGGAUAUAUUUUGGUUAGGUGAUCAAAGUCGUGUCAAUGAAUGUAUCCAUGAUUAUACUAUCUAUAAUUCCGGACAAAUGGGUGCAUGUAGGUUUUUCUGUUUAGCUCUCACUCAAGCUCACAGGAAAAAUCCAAUACCGGCAUUUUGAAAUGAAAAAGAUAUGAAACAUAAUCCAUGGAAUUGGAAUUGAAAUGAAGAUGUCACUAUGUUGUACUCUUCCUCCUAAUUAUGUCAAGUUAUAAUCUUAGACGAGCUGGUUGUUUCACACCAUGGGCACAUCAGCAUUCACUACCACAAAACAAAUAAUGCAUGUACAUACAUAUUUGCAAUCUUCUUUGGUGUAAUUGAAACUUCUACAUUGGAAUCAAUCUAGCUAUGUUAUUAUUAUAUGAUAAAUA